AUGGAUAGAGCUACAGUUUGGCAAGAGUUGAUACCAAGUCAAAAACUUAGUAACUAUGAUAUAAAUAUGGGCGUACCUUCAAGUGUUUCCGAAAGUGAACGACCGACCAGAGAAAAGACGUUAGCGAAACAUUUGCUUGAAGAGGGCGCUUUUCAAUGUAAUAAUAAAUACAAACAGAAUAGAGUUCUUCCUAGUCGUUAUCGCAAAAGAUUAAUUUUAAAAAACGGAGCUGUAAAUUCGUCAGUUCAGCACGUCGCUAAACGAAGUCAGAGGUACCUUCAAGAUAUUUUUAUAACUCUCGUUGAUAUACAGUGGAGAUGGAAUUUACUGAUUUUCGCUAUGGGAUUUAUUCUUACUUGGCUUGGCUUCGCAGUGGUUUGGUGGCUAAUUAACUAUGCUCAUGGAGAUUUUGAACACAUAGGUGAAAAUGAUUGGGAACCUUGUGUUCAUAAUAUCAAAUCCUUCACGUCAGCGUUUCUCUUUUCCCUCGAGACCCAGCACACGAUUGGUUAUGGUUAUCGUAUGAUCAAUGAAGAAUGUCCAGAAGCCAUAUUUAUUAUGUGCAUUCAGUCAAUAACGGGUGUUAUGAUUCAAUCUUUCAUUGUCGGUAUGGUAUUUGCAAAAUUCUCUAGGCCAAAGAAAAGACAACAAACUCUGGUGUUUAGUCGCAAUGCAAUCGUUUCCGUUCGAGAUGGUAAAAUGUGUCUGAUGUUUCGGGUGGGAGAUUUACGUAAAUCACUCAUCAUUGGUGCUCACAUUUCUGCUCAACUGGUGAGAAAAAAGAUCACAGCUGAGGGUGAAGUGAUCCCUUACUUUUAUUCUUGGAUCGACAUUAAAUGUGAUCAGACUAACGACAACCUACUUCUUAUCUGGCCAACAAUCUGUACACAUGAGAUAAAUGAAGGAAGUCCGUUCUAUACCAUGGCGGCAGAAGAUAUGAUGAAGGAUAAGUUUGAGAUUAUUGUCAUUUUAGAAGGAACUAUAGAAUCAACUGGACAAUCGUUUCAAGCACGAUCUUCUUAUCUUCCAAAUGAGAUCCUCUGGGGUCAUCGAUUUGAACAAUUAGUUUCGUACAGCAAGGAAACUGGGGACUAUGUUGUAGACUAUGGGAAAUUUAACAAUACUUUUGAGGUAGAAACCCCUCUCUGUAGUGCUAAGGAGUACACUGAGUACCGAAAAGUUUAUUCACAAUGUGACGCAUCACCCCAGUUUUCCAGGACAAGCUCCUCCUUGGCCAAAAUCAGUUGGUCUCACUUGGAAAUGGAGUCCGACUACACUCAUCAUUAGAAAAGACUGAGAACGAGGAAAGAAGAAAAUUGUGGAAAGAGAACUUGGAACACAAAUCUUGUCACAACAUUUUGGAAUACCCAAAAAUUGUUAUUAAAUGAUGUAUUACAGUUCUACAAUAUUAUCAUUCCAUGACCGAGUUAUCUCCCUAAGUGUAUUGUCUUUAACAUUUUAUCUUACUAUAAGUAUACAUAAUGAAAUCUUCUUUCGGGACUUUUAAAAUCUAUAGAAAUUGUAUUUUUUGUGUUUUAACGAUGAAGAUUUCAAAAUAUUCUGGAAACACAACGAUUUGUACUAUUUGUUUUAAAACUAAAUUUGAAAGACACAAAUGCUAUUCAUAUCUUGAAAAACAUUAAAAAAAAUCGAAAUGGUGUAUUUAAGUGUUGUACACUGACAAAAAAGAAACCUAUCAUUCUAUAGGUAUUUGAA